AUUGAGAGCGGGAGCAGGUUUGGCAGUCAAGUGGAGAAGAGCAGGGUUCGAGCUGGAGUGCUGAAGCUCUCAUGCAGCGCUGCCUUCACGUGCCCAGUGAAGAGAGGAGGAGACACUCAGCUGGAUCACACUGGAGCACACUCAUUCAUCUGCUGAGGAGGACACUCACUACCUGAGACCAGAUCAGACUAAUCAUGGAGGUGAGUUUCUGGAACACUGAUGAGAUUUAUUAUGCACAAUCUGAAACAGAAAAACUGAAUUAAGCUUCGUUUUAAACACCGACUUUGUAAAGUGUAGACUGUUUUACCAGAAUUGCUUUUUAAGUAUUGAACAUAGAGCAUACUUCAGCAGAAAUCAAGAGAGCUUUAGUCGCAAAAUGUAAUUUGUAGCAGUGCUGAGAACUUAUAACAGUCACCACUUUCAAACCAACCUCAAUGCCUGGCAGAUCUUCAGCAAGCGAGGUCCUGAAACCAUGUAGUUAGAUUAUAUUUAUAACUGAAUGCUGAGAACAACAGUUUGAGAGUUUCUUUUCUCACAAUGAGCGACAUCAUGCAGCAGCAGCAGGAAGAGCAGUUUCAGGAUGUGCCUGUUUCCUCCUUUUCCUCCCCUCUGAACAAAAGGGUGAUGUGGAAAACAACCCAUAUUGUUUGAUAUGGCAUCAUCAUGAGUUUGUUUCUAUGUAUAAAGAGAGAGAAAAAAGAUUUUAGAUUAUACAACAAUAGAUAUACGUUCAAAAUGAAGACUACAUACUAUUUGGAUUCUGUCUAGCUGUUAAUGUUCAGUGUCAGCUCUUGUUCACACAUGUAAUAAAAAUCAAGUGAUAUUUAAAUGACAUUGCAAAUAGUGAAUUUAGUUCUGAGAAAGCGUAAGCAUCAUUUGUUUGUAGAUGCCACUUGAGGGCUUUUCACACUGCACUUAACCCCAAGUUACGAAAGCCUGCUCCGGAGCAGUGGUGUUAAUCCUACACUGCAGAGCUAAACUGUGCAGGAACCACGUCAUGUUAGAAUGUUUCAGCAACAGACAUCCAAUCAAAGGCCUCAUUUUCACACGCUUUGGACAGUCACGGAAACAGGCUAGCAACAUGCUAGUAACUUCCCAAUCAUGCUAGCGACAUACUAGUUACUUGUUAAUAAUGCUAGCAACAUGCUAGUAACUUCCCAAUCAUACUAGCAACAUACUAGUAACUUGCCACUUACCAGCUACACAAUAUCGCGUUCAUUAUCGAAGGCGAUUCAUCUAGGAUAAUGAACGCGAUAUUGUGUAGCUGGUAAGUGAUCUACGGCUCUGUCUAUUAAAUGCGGCUCCAAUUAUAAGCAGGUGAUGGCGAUAAUCACGGAACCAGAUUUACUGACUAGAUACGCAUGAUCAUAUCAUUAGAUAUAUCGCCCAGCCCUAGCUAGUAGCAUGUUAAUCAUGCUAACGACAUGCUAGUUACUUUCUAAUCAUGCUAGCAACAUGCUAGUUACUUGCUUAUCAUCCUAGCAACAUGCUAGUAGCAUGCUAAUCAUGCUAGUGACAUGCUAGUAACUUGCUAAUAAUGCUAUCAACAUGCUAAUCAUGCUAACAGCCUGCUAGUUACUUGAAAAUCACUAGUGACAUGCUAGUAACUUGCUAAUCAUGCUAGCGACAUGCUAAUCAUGCUAACAGCAUGCUAGUUACUUGAUAAUCACUAGUGAUAUGCUAGUAACUUGUUAAUCAUGCGAGCGACAUGCUUGUUGCAAGGUAAUCAUGCUAGCAACUUGCUAAUCAUGCUAAAAACGUGCUGGUAGAAUGCUAAUCAUGCUAGCAACAUGCUAGUCUAUUGUUAGUCAUGCUACCAACAUGCUAGUUACUUGUUAAUCAUGCUAACAACAUGCUAAUCAUGCCAGCAAUAUGCUAGUAACAGGCUAAUUGUAACAAUUAAUUUUUCUUUUGUUUAGUACAUUCUACUUUGCAACAGUAAUAUAUUCUGUCAAAAUUUCAGUUAAACUGGACUUUUAUUUUGAUGGGUUGUCGUAAAGACCGGAGUAUGAUGUGAUGAUGGUAUGUUUUAUCGUGCUGCUGCUGUAUGUGUGUAGUAGAGAAAACCGUGACAUUCCCCAGCCUCCCAACUCUCAAACUGUAAUAGAAAACAGGUGGACUAGAGUGAAGAAGAGUAUUUUUCACUCUCACCUUUAUAGGAUUCCCUUUACCUUAACUUAAAAAUGACCCAGGGUUAACUAUUUGAACUGUGAAAAGCCCUUUUUGUAUCUAAUGAAAGUGUUUAAAGACUUUUUGGGCCCUUGUAGAGUGUCAUCCCAACAGAACUCUAGUCUGAUCUAAAAUGAAGACUGGUUUUGCACAUUUUCUUGCAAUAUUUCACAUAAGUGUCAAGUUCCAGCAGAGCUCGGACAGUCUGGUGUCAGUGGACUCUGAACUGGCGCAGUGUGAGACGGAGGUCAACACUUUACUGAAGAUCAUUUCUGACCUCAACAGAAAAAUGGACUCCCUACAAAUAUCACGAGAGAUGAAAGCGUCUGAGAGUCCAGUCCGGGUCAGUGGGAGCGCCCCGCAGCAGGGUUCGAUCCUCACAGUGGUGGACGCUGGCACAGCAUCUGUACAGUCCAAGAACGUCUGCAGGGACACAGAAGGGGGCAGCAGUGAGCUUUGGCAGGAGCUUCAGAGGGUAGUGUCUGCUCUUGAGGCCUCCAGUGGUCAGGGGAGGAACAUGCUCAGGCCGCAGACUCAGGACGCGGAGACCAUCCGGGCGAAGCAUCUCUCUGCAGCCCGCGAGAGAUGGGUCCAGGCCACACAGGUGCUGGAGGAGAUGGAGAGGGAUUUGGGGAUCUCAUACCCCUCUGCUCUGCCCCCUGAUGAGAGACGUCAGUAUCAGAGAGAUGUCCUCUCUCUCUAUAAACACAACCAGGACCUCAGCGCCUGCUUGAAGAGCCGACAGGGAGAGCUCGUGGGAGCCGAAAGAACGCUGACGGAUCUUGAGGAGGAGAAAAAGUGGCUACAGGAAAAGGUAGUGGACCUGAAGAGGAAAUGGCUGUAUGGAGUGAGUCGUUCUCCUCCUGUUAGUCCAUCUUUGUCCUCCAGUCGAACUUCGAGCCCUUGCUUUUCCUCUCCUCCGUAUCCUGGAUCCCCUCUGCUGUCCCGCAAACUCCCAAGCGGCUUCAGGCCGGACUCCCCUCCGUCUCCCUGCACUGUCGAUUCUGUGCUUCAAGCUGAGAUCGAUAAGCUGCAGAGGUGUCUGGAGCGACUGAAGGCUCGGAAUGAGCGUCUGAAUGCAGCGCUGGUCAAAAGGAAAGGAGAAUCGGAGCAGCUGAGCAUGAGUCUGAGCCGGCAGGAGGCAGACAGCUCGGCUCUACACAUGGCUCUGGCGUACUGUGAGGAGUGUGAGGAGGCUUACAGAGACCUACUGUCCCUGUGCGAAGCCAGGAAACAACAAAAUACAGAAACAAUUAGCACACCAAAGUCUGACCUCGCAAAGUCAACAGAUGAGAUCUUGUACAAAGGCGAGACAUCCUCCAGUCCACCAGAGGGCACUGCUGAGACCAGACCAUACAGCUUGUCAGAAAAGCAGUUUGAGGACAAGGCUGGUGUAAUUCUGCAAAGGAUCUCCAGGCUGAAGCAGGACAGGGCCGCUGUUUGUAUCCCGCAGCAGGGCGAAGCAGGAGAGGGCAAGAUCAGUCCUGACACUGGCACACUCGCAGGGGUCAGAGGUCGUGCCAGUUCACUUUCCAAAAACACCAAAGAGGAGAAAGCAGCUUUGCUGUAUGAGCUGGUGACAGUCAGGGAGGAGAUGUCAGAGAUGCGUGGGAAUCUCCGGCUCCUGGAGAAAGAGCGGCGGUGUUUGGACCUGGCACUGAUGGUCCAGAGUGCUCAGGAUUCAGCUGGUGCUCUGAUCCUGGACAGUCUGCGAGAUGAGCUCGGGGAGAGGAGAGCCACCCAGCAGAGAAUUGCUGAAAAUCUGGCAAAACUAGAAGGUGGAGGGGGAAUACCUGGUCCUCGGAAUCACUCUAUCCUAAGAGAACUACAAGCAACUCUGCAAAGGGAACAGUCACUGAGGAAGAGAGUGGCGGCUCUACGUGAGUCGCUGGACUCGGCGAUCACAGACAGCACCACUCAGAGGAGGAUCAACAGAGAGGAGAUUGCACGCCUCUCCCGCUACCACAAUAAAGUCUCAAGUACCUCCAGAAGCUCCCGAAAGAAGCACCAGGAGCAGCUGUGGCGACUGGAGAAGCAAAUCGCCGUCAUGAGCGAACGUCAUGCUAAAGAAGAGGCCGAGCUAAGUGCUACGCUGGAAGCUAUGGAGUGGAAGAGAGAGGAGACCAUACUCUAACAGACAAUCCUUCUUACUGUCAUUUCAUUGACAAACAUUUCUGAAGCUAAUGUUGAUUUUGAGUGAGAGGUUGGGUAAGUACUGGUUUAGAAACCCUGAGCAUAUACAAUUGCAACUAAAUUUACUGUAAAAGAUGCAACAUCUGGGUUUUGGGACAGGCCAGCUUUUUCUAGGCCAUUACUGAUAUAACUCACUAUCAGUAUUAUACAAAUAUUUGCUUUUAAGUAUUAUUAAUUUCUUAAGGUGUACAGCUAUGUGUAUGAUAAAUAUUGCAAGCUCAUUUUGUAAUUUUCGUAUAAUAUAAAAUAUUGUCAUUUUAAUAACAAUUGUAAAGUUGUUUUUUACAUGAUGAAUUAAACAGGCCUCAUUGCAGUUUUGACAGUGAACUGGUAGUUUGCUGAAUGAAAGCAAAAAAAUACUGUCAGUUUUGUCCAUAUCACAAUUCAAAAUUGAUCUAAUAUGUAUCGAUGGAGAUCGCUACAGUUAACUAAAACUAAAUACACACACACACACAACACACACAUAGUAUGUAUGUAUAAAACAUUUCAGCAAGGUGACAUUUGACAUUUUCAUUUAGUUUAUUUUGCUGUACUAAAAUAACUUGAAAUGAAAUAUACUUUAUUGUGCACAAUACGUAUAAGGUAAAGUAUAUAAUGUAUACAGUAUGUGAGCAGACGCCACAGUGUUUCUGUACAAAGUGACAUCGCCAACUACUGGCCUGGCAUGCAUAAUAAAACAGCGGGUUUUUU